AUGUGGACAGCUCUCUUUGCCAACAUCGAAUUUCUCGACACGACUAAAGAAAUGUGGGAUACUCUCAAUAGAGCUUUUGGUACUUGUUAAAACUAAAUUUAUGUGUUUUAAUUAGUUUUAUUAUUUGAUUUUAUUUUUUAAAAUUAUAAAAUAAAUAUAGGAUAUAUUGUUAAUUUUAAAAUUCUAAAGUUAAAAUGCUUAACAUAAUUUUUUAUUAUUAAAAUAAAAAUAAUAAAAUAUAAAAAUAUCUUCCACCCACUAGCAAGCCGACACUUGGCAGUUGACCUAGAGGGGGGAGUUGAGUGGGUAGACCCAGACUAGGGGAGCCACGAGCUGGGUUUCAAUGGCAAAGACCUCAUUCUGCACACGUGUGCAUUGCUCCCCUUCUACGUCCUAGUGGCCAACCGAUCAUAAGGUAAGGAGUGCUUAUACACACAUGCAUGUGCAAGGGUAGACCACCUUAUUACCUUCUUCCAAGAUGGUCAUGGACAUUAUUUUAUUUUGAGAGAAGAGAUCUUUGCUGAGAGACCAUAGCUUUAGUUUAUAUUUGGCAUAUGGUUCAAAAUAUUUUUGAUGUGGGACUAAACAUUUUCAUCUAUUUCAGUGCAACCAUCUAGAGCGCUGAGUGAUCUAGUGGUAUGUAGAGAGCCAGGUCAUCUAAUUAGCCUGAUCCUAUGGCUAGAGAACCACCAUGAUACUAGUUUGAUUAUCUUUAAAAUCCCAAUGGUGGUCAUGAAUACAUAAUCUGUUCUUCUCUCCUCUUGCGUGAUCGAUGUCUCUAGUGAUUGGCAAGCUCGUUCCUUCCUCCCCCGACUCCACUCAAGGCCUUCGAUGAGUGGUCAGCUCUUCCUUUCUCUCCCUAGAUGACAGUGAUAGCAUGGUUGACCUCUCUUUCAGCGGGUCUCUCGAACAAGCAGUGUAGCACAUUUGGAUGAUACUUCCGCGACUUCUGAUGUGGUAUGGCAUGUCUGAACAAAAUCAAGCCGCUACACCAGUGUCUCUAGUCGUCUAAGAGGCAAACUAAACUUGGGCAAUGAUUUAUUUCAAGUUUUCAGUAUUUACUUACCUACUUUUGCCAUUUUUUUAUAUUUUACAGCAAGUUUUUUCUAUUUCAUGUACAUUUCGAUUGAAAUGAGUAGAACUAAUUCAAAACUUGAUGAAUGAUCUUCAUUCUUCUUCUCAAUCCUCUAAAACUCAUCUAAGAUCAUGUUAAAAUUGUUCAUAACUUAUUUUCUACUAUUUUUCACAAUCGAAUCUUGACGUAUUCAUGUUCUUAGCAUUCACGAAUAACGAGUAUUUUUCUAUUUUGGAAUAUAAAAUAAGUUGGAGACAUUCACGGCUGACCUCAUGUCAUGUGUGUGAAUCCUCGAGCACACAUUCAUGCGAGAAAAUGGGUUGAUCGUAUUUCUCUCUUUCUUCAUUUUUGUCUUAUUUCUCUCUCUCCCUCUCUCAUGAGACCUCUCUUCUCUCUCCAUCUCUUGUAAGAUCUCUUCCUUUCUCUCCCUUUCUCUCAAUUGAUCUCCUUCUCUUUCUCUCUCUCAAUUGAUCUCCCUCUCUCUCCUUCUCUUUCUCUCUCUCAAUUGAUCUCCCUCUCUCUCCUUCUCUCUCUCUCUCUCCUGAGACCUUUCUCUCUCUUCGUCUCACAUGAGAUUUCUCUCCUCCUCUCUCUUUCUCUUCCUUUUGCAAGAAAUCUCAUCCCUUCUCUCUCUUGUGAGAGUUCUCUCUCCUCCUCUCUCUUUCUCUCUCUUUCACAAGAGAUCUCAUUCCUUCUCUCUCUCAUGAUAGCUUUCUCUUCUCUCUUUCUUCUCUCUCUUUUCCUCCUUCCUUUUCUCCACUUUCCUUCCUUUAUUCUCCUCACCUCAUCAUUCUAUUUUCUUAUUCCAACUAAAUAUUAAUAAAAUAUUAAAAUCACUUUAUAUAUAAACUAAAUUAGUUUUCACGGUAGAUUAAUCAAUCUCUCUAUGUUCGACCUAGCAUUGCCUUUACGAUGAAUAUUUUUGGAAACAUCAUGAAGAUGCAUGCACCGCCUCUCCUUUUCACACCAUUAUUCUCACCAUACAAAAGCUUGGCAAUCUGCUUGAUCAGUACCAAUCCGUGAUGACAGACACGGCCAAUCAAUGGUGCUAUCGCCAAGAAUUUCUAGUAACUACAUAUCUCAAUGUGAUUGAUCCAACUCUAGCUUCUCAUGUACAAGGCUCUAUAUUAAAUGGCAUGACCUCUCUAACAUUAGUGGAGACCUUUAACAUAGUCGAAUGAGUAGCUCCUCUCGUCUCCCCAUUGACUCUAGUAUCAUUGAAGAUAUCAUCACCCGUCUUCGAAGUUUUGACUAUGAAACUUACUACUCAAGAAGUAGGAUGAAGAAGGGGCCUUACCCCUCGUGGCGAGAAAGGGAAGAAUGGCUAUGGAGCUUCUUUGAGUAGGGGUCACCUUCCUCUAUACAAACAUUGUGGGAGGACCAAUGAUAAGUCUUUAUUAUCAUGAGUUAAUAAUUAGUAAAUAAUAUUUUUUUAGCCUUAACUCAUGAUAAAUAGACUUAUACUUGUGUUAAAGUGUGAAAAGUGAUUUUUAGUUGAUUAAUGUGAAUUUUUAGGUAAUUAGUCAAUUUUAUAUGAAUUUAUAUGAUUUUUAUAGUCUUACUUUUGAGAUAAAUGAAGAAAAAGAAAUAAAAAUAAAAAUAUAGCAAAAUAGGAGGGCACUCGCCAGCCAACUGGGCUCACAAGCGAGUCAAAAGUGUAGUCGGGUAGGAGCCGCAAAUAGGGGCUUGAGCGACAAGGACUAAUAGGGGCACGUGUGCACCACUCCCCUUCCACAUCAUUAGUGGCCAGCUAGUUGUGAGACAAGGAGUGGUCGUACAUGCGGGAGAAAGGGACUUGCUUGUAAAUAUAAUAUUAGUAUAUAUUCGCUUAAAACUUCAGUGCACAAAUAAUGUGGGACUAAACCUACGUCACACCUUUCCUGAAAAGGCUUUGAUAAUUUUAAUACUUAUAAUACCCCUUAUUCAUAAUAGAGAUAUAUUAUGAUGACGUUAUUUUAUAAAGGCAUUAGAAUACUUAUGUCAAUCUCUCUCAUAUAGACAAGCAACCAAUGUAGGUUCAAAUCCUCUUAGAGGCAAAGCUCAUAUUUUUUAUCUAAUUAUUGUGACUUUCCUACAAAUUGUCGAUAAAGGAUUAAGUCACUAGAAUCGCUAGAUCAUCAGCGAAAAUCUCAUCAACAUAAUUCGUAGAGUAUUGUUACUAAAAUUACUAAACGAUUCAUGUUAAAAGAAUCGUGAAUCCAUCGAGUAAAGCAUCUUUGAUUGAUCAAUGAACAAGCUGUAGUUAGGAAGAGGACGAUCCACUAAGAGAUGAGUCUCCACCUUUGAAGAGUUUACCAGAUACAAUGAAGAACCUCAUCUUAUUGUGCGGACUUGAGGAUAAAGCUCUUUGACAUGCGCCUCACCUCUAUUCAACUCCUCUCCAUCGAGUGACAACUGCUAAAGAGUCACAAAGUAGUCAUUUUUCUGCUCCGUCGGGUGACAACUACCAAAGAUGAUUCAACAACCUAUUUCAUUGAUCUCUAG